CAAGGGCCCGCGGCGCCCCCGGGACCAGGCCACGCGCUCGGAGCGGCUCAGCCAGGCCACCCACCGCCUGCUGGGGCGCGUGUUCAGGCAGUGGGGCACCAUGGUGGCCUCCCACCCGGUCUCGGUCAUCCUGGUCUCGGCCGUGGCGGUGGCGGUGCUGUCCGGCGGGAUGGCCUUUCUCCAGCUCACCACGGACCCGGUGGAGCUCUGGUCCUCGCCCGACAGCCGGGCCCGGCAGGAGAAGGACUUCUACGACCAGAACUUCGGGCCCUUCUUCCGCACCAACCAGGUGAUCCUCACGGCCAAGGGCCGGCCCAGCUACACCUACGACUCCCUGCUCCUGGGCAGGAAGAACUUCAGCGGGAUCCUGUCCCUGGACGUGCUGCUGGACCUGCUGGCGCUGCAGACGCGGCUGCAGGAGAUCGCGGUCUGGUCGGAGCCGGACGGCAGGAACGUGACGAUCAAGGACGUCUGCUACGCCCCCCUGAACCCCGCCAACGCCAGCGCCGCCGACUGCACCGUCAACAGCCUGCUGCAGUACUUCCAGAACAACCGCACCCGCCUGACGCUGACGGCCAGCCAGACGCAGGGGGGCCAGGCGGGCACGGUGGACUGGAGAGACCAUUUCCUCUACUGCGUCAACUCGCCGCUCUCCUUCAAGGACAUCACCAACCUGCAGCUGAGCUGCAUGGCCGACUACGGGGCGCCCGUCUUCCCCUUCCUGGCUGUGGGGGGCUACAGGCCCCAGCACCUCCCGCCCAGCCCUGCGGCACAAGUGGGGGCGCCGCAGCCUGGCACCGUGGCGCCGGGGACGUUCCUGGUGUGA